AAUUUAUAAGAAGGAAAUUUGUAUGACAAACAAUGAUUGUUUUCUCUUUUUAGGAAAAUCAAUAUUAACGUUAUAUCAAGUUAAUAUUUACCAAAGUUUGUAAGUCAGCAGCAUUCACUAAACAUAAAAACAAACUCAUCUACUCAGAACUAGUCAUGGAUUUGAAAAAAUAUUUUAAUAGUGCUCUGCCUGAUAAUGUCCAUGCUACGGUCAAGGAUCUAUGGUUCAAUUCAAUAGUUGAUCGUUACAGCGGACUAAAUCGUCGAUGUCAUAACCUGAAUGACCUAAAUAAUUGUUUGCAACAUUUUGAGUCUGUUAAAACAUUUGUGAAAAAUCCUAAUGCAAUUGUUUUAGCACUUAUCUUCAGAUAUUUUGAAUAUGACCCUAGACUUGCAGAUUGUAGCGAGAUAAAUAUAAAUAAUUUUAAAAAAUUUAUUGAUGAAUCAAAACUGAGCACAGAUUCAACUUUAUGUGAUGAUGUUAUUGCAUUGUUAAAAGUGGCAUCUACAAACAGUACAGAUGAACAUAAAACAGAAGGCUGUUAUGGGUUUGACGAUAAGCAUUACUUUUUGGAUAUAGACAUGGUUAUUUUAGGAAUGGGUCCAUCUGAUUAUGACAAGUAUACAAAUUAUGUCCGUGAAGAGUAUGAUUUCAUUGAUGAUAAAACAUAUAAAGAAUUGAGGGUGAAAGUUCUAGAAAGCUUUCUACAAAUACCAAAUAUUUAUGCAACUAAAAUCUUCAGAGAUAAGUAUGAGUUGAUUGCUAGAAAUAAUAUUCAAAGAGAAAUAAACUCUCACAAAUCAACAACGGAAAGUAACUAAAAAGAAACACAAACUUAAUUAUCUAUAUUUUCCUUUUUAGGAACCAAAUUUUGUUUUUUGAUGAAUUUGUGUAAAUCACUUUAUUUUAUUUUCCAAAAAUGUCUUCUAUGUUUUUGUGUUAUUAAUAAAAUUUGGUUGAUAAUUAAUAUUACUAUUAUUUUACCAUUUCAAGUUACCACUGUUUAAUAUAAAUUUUUUAAUUUGUUGAGUUGUCUCUCAUCAGAUAUAAUAUUUAUUAUUGUUAUUAAAUUAAAAAUAAAACACAUGAUAUUAUAUUUUAAUUCAGUCUUGAAAACGUAAAGUACACAAUUUUAAAUUAUUGGGGAAUAUUAAAUUAUUGAAGUCUAAAGCAUAAUUUAGUAAUAUUGCCGUUUUUAAGAUUCUAAUCAGAAAAACGGCUUUAACCGAGGACUAGCUAUACUGGGUGAUUAUAUUAACGCCCUACACUAGUUUACUCUUAAAAUAGUUGCAAUUUUGAAGUGUUGUAGAGUUUAUAGUUUCUCUUUUGAAAACAUUUUUAUUUAUGUUUUUUUACAUUAAUAAAAAAUGACUAAAUAUUCAUCUUUUUAAGUAUUUUUUCACUCUGUAUUGACUUAACAUACUGAACCUAACAUAUUUAACUAACUUUUUAAUUUAAGAAUAAUUUUCUGAAAAUAUUGACUAUAAUGCAGGCGCUGAGAGAAUAAAAUUUAGGAUAGAAGGUGGAGUGCGGUUGAGAAAUAUGCAUUAAUAAGAACAACUACUUUACACCCUUCCUCUUGUCCUAAGUUAGAGAAUGCAAGUGAGCAAAAACCAACACGAGUUACUCGGGUAUGCGCCUGCAUAUGAGUUCUGCACACUUGCAUUUUCUUGGCGCCCACAGUAUAGUCGAUAUUCGAUAAAUAGUUUUAAAGUUAUUUAAGUUAAAAAUUUAGUACAGGAGAAAGGGUGGAGUAGUUGUUCUUAUCUGUGCAUAUUUCUCAACCGCACUUCACCUCCCGUCCUAAAUUUUAAACUUAAAUAACUUUAAAAAUAAUUAUUUAAAACUGGUUAUCGACCAAUCAAAAUGUUCAGAAAAUUAUUCUUAAUUUAUUAAGUUAAUAAAAUACGUACGUUGCUAUUUAAGUUUUAUAAGUAAAUAAAGCUCUAGCAAAUACUAAAAAAUAUAAAAAUUUGAAUAUUUUCUACCAUUGAACAAGUAUUAUAACAUAAAUAAAAAUGUUUCCAAAAAGAAAUGCUUUUAAUUGCAAUUAUUUUAAGAGUAAACUAGUGUAGAGCGUUAAAAGAAUUACCCGGUAUAAACAAAUCAAAAUUUACAAAAUACUUUAUGUAUUUAGUAUAUACUUGUGAGCCAAGCAAUAUUUAUUUGAAUGAAAUGAUUUGUUAAAAGCAUAGAUGUGUUGAUAAGUUUAUGAUUAUACUCAAACACUAGUUUACAUAGACAAAAUAUAUUGUAUUAUAUUAAUUGUUUAAAGUAUUGUAAAAAUGUAAAACAGUAUGAUUAACAAGCUUUGUGUGGUAAUAGAUUUUUAAAUUUGUU